UCCCCUCUUUUAAAUUUUUGUGUUUUUAUCUCCUAGUAAAUAUGUUCAACAAUAAUCAUCGAGUGGUUAUUAUUAUCGUCAUUUAUUCAUCCUUUCAUGUGGAAUUAAUGGCAUCGAUUUAAAGCUGACUUUCAGGGUACAUUUUUUUUAAAUAAUGUAAAGGAUCUAGGAAAGACGAAAAUUAUGAUUUAUCUAAAAUUUUAUAGGUGUUCUGAGGAAGAUUUCAUCUACAUCAAGAUUGCCUUGAUUUACAAUGGAGCAAUUAUAUGCUCAAAACUUGAAUAAGAAAUUAUGUAAACCGAGCUGCAAAAAUGAAAGGAAAAUUUGCUUUCUAGAUUUGUUUACUUUAUACAUUUUUCUUUCCAUCAAAAUUUUUAUGCAAUAGCUUAAGAAAAAUAUGGGAGAAGGAGAAAUCCUAGAUGAACAAAUAAGUUCUUUGGCGGCUCCUUUUGUCUUUUUCGUUGUCAUUGCAUUUCAAUUUGCCACCAAACGACUCCAAGAUUUGAAGAAGGGAGCAUCCAAAACUGACAAGGAAAUGCAACUUCGUGGGGAGAUUAAGCAGCUUCUGAAAGAGGCUGCCACUUAUUCGCAGCCAUCUACAUUUGCACAAGCAGCUAAACUUAGGAGGAUGGCUGCUGCCAAGGAGAAGGAGCUUGCAAAUUAUCAAGCACAUCUUACCCAAGAGGUGAAGCAGUCAUAUGAUUUGUAUUUGAAAGUCAUAUUCAUCACAAAGGUCUUAAUUCAUAUUGUGUUAGCCUUAUGGUUUUGGAGCUCUCCUGUUGCUUCUGUAUCUCAACAUCUUGUGCAACCCUUUGGGAGACUGUUAUCCGGGAAGAUUUGGGGUUCUACAGCAACCGUGUCCAGGUUGGGAUCAUACCCUGGCUGAUAUUGUGUUCAAGGGCUAGCAAGUUUGCUUGUCGACUCAACUGAGUAGCAUAAAGGACUUAUUUAACAGCAUGCUUUUGAUCAUGCUUUUUGGAUUCAUGGAUCUCUGUUAGAAUGUAGUUUUGAUGUUGAAGUUAUUAACUAACAACUAUUUCGAGAAAUACAUUCAUUUUAUUUAUCAAUAAAUAAAAGCAAGCAAUUUUGUUGUGUUUUU